GCGCAAUAGCUAUAGAGUGGUUUGCCGCCAUUGUUACAUGCGCAUCGGUCUAGAGCGUUUGGUCUUUUCAAGAGGUCUGCGUGCCCUGAACUCCGUGUCCAUCUACAAGCAUCGCCAGCUACACCGACACCUUCGACCAGCGAACAGCGACGCAUUGUCUUGCUGUUUCAUCCUAGACGCAAGUCACCAGCAAACAAUCCGACUUCGAGCUCACCGCAGCUCGUGUUUUGAGACGCCAGUACCCCCAACGCAGUCACCAUUAGCGAAAACGAUAAAACGGUAAGUGCUCGUGUACUGAGCGCAACACUUUCCAAUACGUAGCCAUAAUCGAUUUAUAUGUUUUCUGUAAGAAUAAAAAUAUCACAAUCGCGACGCGACGUUCGCUAUUUUGAUUGUAUAUGCAGCUAAAAACGGACCGGUCAACUGGCAUUUCGGCGGCAAUGCAAACAAAAAUGGCGUGCUGUUUUCACGGGAAACGUCGUAUAUUACAAUGUUUCGUUUCGUGUGACUUCGUUAUUGAUAACGAAAAGUCGACUGUCUGCAUUCGCACGAAUGAAUGAAUGAAUGAAUGAGUGGAUGCAUCCAUUCCGGUUGUGGUUCGCCAUCUUUGACAUUGUGCUCGUACUUUCGCCACUAAUCGCCCGCACGUUCUCUAACCAAAAUCGAUAGACGCCGGCGCCCAUGCAUGUUGGGGCAUCCGAUAGUAGCUUCCCUCGCUAUCCGUCCUAACCUCGCUUGCAAGGUUGUAUGCACUGCCAUGAGUCUGGUGGGCCCGAAUGCAAACAGGCGAAAUGUUGUCGACUGUGUCGUGGUUUUGUUUGCAGCGAAAGCAAUUGUGUGAUAAAUGCGAGUUUCAGGCGACGCCAUGCCGGGUUUUAGUACGCCGGGCACGUUCAAAAUCUUUGUCGGGAACCUGACGGAGAAAACAGCGAUCACGGAUAUCAAGCCACUGUUCGAGAAAUACGGUAAGGUGGUGGAAUGCGAUGUCGUCAAGAAUUACGGUUUCGUCCACAUGGAGAACGAGACGGAGGGUCGCGAGGCAAUUCAAAAUUUGAACGGCUACAUGCUCAACGGGCAGCCGAUGAAAUGCGAGGCCGCCAAAAGCCGCAAGCAGCCGUUGACACCAACGACAAAGAUUUUCGUCGGCAACUUGACGGACAACACCAAAGCGCCACAAAUUCGCGAGCUAUAAAAGUUCGGCAACGUGGUGGAGUGCGACAUAGUACGCAACUACGGGUUCGUGCAUCUCGAGUCGACGGGUGACGUGAACGAUGCGAUAAAAGAUCUCAACGGCACACUGGUCGACGGCCAGCCAAUGAAGGUGCAGGUCUCGACGAGCCGCGUGCGUCAGCGGCCCGGCAUGGGCGACCCGGAGCAAUGCUAUCGGUGCGGCCGGGGCCACUGGUCGAAGGAGUGCCCGAAAGGCAUGGGCCCCGACCGCUUCCGCGACCGCAUGUUCGGGCGCGACCCACCCGCCGCCGCCGCCCCGCCCUUCCUGCGCGACCGGAUGAUGGGCCGCUUUGGGGAUGGAUACGACAGCUACUAUGAUCGCCGUUUCGAUGACUCCCGUGAUCUGUACGAGCGCCGCUACUCCGGCAUGCCACCGCGGGGCGAUAUGGCGUUGCGCGGCGGGCGAGGGGACUUUCUCCCACCGCCGCUGCCGCCACGUCGUGAACCCUUGCCGCCGAUGCCCUCCAUAGGACUGCGUGGCCCGCCCUCAGGUAUGAGGGGCAUGCGUGACACAGGAUUUGCUCGCGGUGGUGAUUACGGCAUGUUCAGCAGGCGAUCACCGCCACCCAGCGGCAUGCAGGGCUCGCGAAUGAGCCGCAUGUACGAAGAUUUCAGUCGAGAUUCUUUCGACGAUAGGAGACCGGGCAUGCGAGGACCAUCGCCAUCCAGGCGGUACGCGCCAUACUAGUGAGGAGCCGACAUUCGACAACGUAGCUAAUACGCCAUUCUUCAUGUCGUCUUGAAUCCUCUAUAUUUUUCUCCGUAGGAUAAGUUUAUCAUUUAGUACUUGGCAACACACUUCAAUUUCGAGCGUAUAAGUUUGAUCUACGCCCAUAGGAAGGCUUUUAAUUCUCCAGUAUUUCGUGAUGAUUGUGAAUGACGCACAGCAAAUUUAAAUCAUGGCAACGAUGCGAAACUGUUCAUUAUCGUGGUGCAUUAGGAUUCGCACCCUGAGAAGUAACAGAAAUUACCCAUAGAAUUAUGUGAAAUGACGUUGCCGUUUUAAUUUUAUUUGUUUAAGUGAGCUUGUGUAGCUCGGUUUCGUUCGAUUUUAUUUAACAUUUAUGAAAAUAUGUGUUAUGUGAGCUCAGAUUAAAAUUGCGACUCCUGUUUAUUUAGACUUACGAUAUUGAUUAACGAUUUUAUAUAUAAAGUAUGGCAAUUUUAUAAUAAAAUAUGCAUAACCUGA